GCCUUUAGUGCCAUAGUAAGGGGGAGGGUGGCGCGAAGAAUGUUACUCACGCGCUGUCCAAGCGCGCGCUCACAGAGCUGUCGGUGUGUCGCCUCAGCUCCUCAGUCACCUGAGCUCUCAGAAAGCGAAGACGGUGUUUUUUCUUAUGUAAUAAUAAUUUUUUUCCAUAUAAAUACAUAUUUAUUUAUAUAUAUUUUCUUCUCGAAUGGGAAAAAACGGGUCUCGAUACUUUGCCAGUCGGAAAAUGAAUUCUUUGUGAACAUUUUCUAACAUGCGGACUUUUUUGCUACAGUAAACUAUAUAAACAUAUACUGGUGAACUUUUUUUUUUGACGACAGCGUUAAACAAGUUUUGAAAAUAAAUUCGGAUGAUUCAUCCUCUUCAGGCAAAGGGAGAAAGGACACGUCGACGUGUUUAGAAAACGCACAAUGUGUGUAAAGUCGCCUCGUGUGUUUGAGUUGACGGCAGCACGGAGUUGACCAUGCUAACCUGCUUUUCUGGACACAGUAACUCGAGUGCUGAGCAUGCGGGCAUCGGCGGCGCCACCGUGCUCCUGGCCGCCUUAAUGAUGAGCCUGGUGGUCGUGGUGGUCGUGGGAAACGCGCUGGUCAUCUUUGCCUUUGUCGUGGACAAGAGCCUCCGAAAUCAGAGCAACUAUUUCUUCCUUAACUUGGCUAUAUCUGAUUUUCUGGUCGGGGCGUUCUGUAUCCCAGUGUACAUGCCCUACAUCUUGACAGGCCGAUGGAUGCUGGGCCGUGGUCUCUGCAAGCUGUGGCUCGUGAUGGACUAUCUGCUCUGUACUGCCUCCGUCUUCAACAUAGUCUUAAUCAGCUAUGACCGCUUCCUGUCUGUCACCAGAGCUGUGAGGUACAGAGCACAGCAGGGAAUGACUCGGCUCGCUGUGGCAAAGAUGCUAGCAGUGUGGCUGCUGGCUUUUCUCCUGUACGGCCCAGCCAUUAUCUUCUGGGAGGAUGUAGCUGGUGAGAGCAUCGUUCCGGCUGACGAGUGCUUUGCCGAGUUCUACUGCACGUGGUACUUCCUGCUUAGUGCAUCUACCUUUGAGUUCUUCUCGCCGUUCAUCUCAGUGACCUUCUUCAACCUCAGCAUCUACCUCAACAUCCAGCGGCGGAACAAGAGCCGCGCAGCUCACCGAGGCACAGAGAAGGAGGACGGCUGGAGGGUGGUGGACGGCGGCGCGUCACCCUCAUCCACAGUCUUCUUUGUCAGGACGCGCAAAGUCUCCUCCAGUGAACCGGCGGCUGUUUCAGCGGUGAUUGAGGAAGACAUGGAGAUUUCGCCGUCCUCCAGUGGAGACCCCAGCUGCAGCCACUCAGUUUCUCUCUCUCUGAAGACAGUCAAUAAGAAGAAAGGAGCGUGGAGCUGCUGGUUAAAGACACGCAUGAUCCAGGCACAGGCACCCUCGAGGAAUGGGGAGCAUUCACGUCUCUCGCGGGACAAGAAGAUCGCCAAAUCUUUGGCGGUAAUAGUUUGUGUUUUCGGUGUGUGCUGGGCUCCGUACACCUUGCUCAUGAUCAUUCGAGCAGCGUGUAGCGGCACGUGUAUAGAACAUCACUGGUACGAAGUCACAUUCUGGCUUCUUUGGCUCAAUUCCGCCAUCAACCCUUUCCUGUACCCUCUGUGUCACAGCAGCUUCCGCAGGGCUUUCACUAAGAUCCUUUGCCCCAAACGGCAAUCUGUCAGGCCGCACGAGGACACCCCAUCCUGCCAGUGACAGCAGACAAGAUUUCACACAGUCUGCGAUUGUCAGUGGGGAUUACGUGAGAAUGUUGAGGCAGCAGCCUGUAAGAUGCUCGUGUCUGACAAAAUCAAUGAGACCGUUGGCAUCUUGCUUGUGUGGAGUGAAAAAGUUUCUCAUUUCCCAUAGAGAAAACAUUUUCAUUUUGGAUUGCCUGUUUUCGUUUUUCAGAAAUCCACAUUGUCCUUGAAACCCUGUUACCUGGUGAAACUUUCUGAACGUUGGAAAGGAAUAAUGUUAAAAGUAAUGCAUGAGCAUGUACAGUUCAUUCCAUCAUCCUCUUGAUUAUCUUCCGUAACAAAGAUGUGCAUUCAGCUAGACAGAGCUUAGAGUGUAAUAAUGUGAAGGAAGCCAGAGAAAAAUAAAUCAGUUUUCUGGAGACUUUCUCUGCAUCCCUUUGCAGCACUCUGAAUGUAGUCUGGUGUUGUUUUUGAAUGUGAGACAAACUGGUGUUAGUUUUGUCAUUGCUAAGGAAUGUGACGUGUUUUCACAGGUUUGAUUUAUAAUUUGGAAGGACAGCAGAACUUGAGCAAAUGUUCUGUUGUUUUAAUGUCAUUUUAACAAAUAAUGACAAAUGGAUUCCCAAUUCAAGUGUGUAUGGAUGUCUGGACUCACAUAUGGUGUGUGAUUGUAUUGUUGGCACUUAAAUAAUGAAUUGUGACAAGGGUGAUUUUUAAAAUAAUCCUUGUACAUAGUUAUAUUUCCUCUGCUUCUCAACUGAUUUGUUGUUUCCGUAAAUAAACUUGACAUUUGUGAAAACUUUAAAAUACUAUGCAGUAACAAAUGCACUCCAGGUGUGUCAGUUAUAAGCAGUUAGUUCUAAUAUCUAGUUAUUGUUAGUACUUCCUGAAACAAUAACUAGACCUUUAUCACUAAGAGAGUAAUACAGUGAACCACAACAUUCCACUCAGCACUUCAGUAAGUAAAAGCUAUUUUUCCAGACAAGCUCGAGAGCACUCCUGUUUUAACAGCUCAAUUUCAAGCACAAGUUAAUUAAACAUCAAUCAGUAGCAUCCUCUGCAAACCUAAGGUCUGUUAACCAGCCAUUUCUACAUCACUGCUGUGUUAAAGAAAGCAAAGUAAGCUGAAUGAGGUAAAAAGGCAAAGACAGAUAGCAGUGGUCUGAAAGGUAUGAAACGUUUUCCUGGAUGUAACACGCAUUUUGGUUGGUUAAUACCUCUGUGGAAUAUUUGUUUUUUCUGAAAAGAAAAAGCCUGGUUAUAUUAUAUUUGGAUAUUUUUAUAUAUGAGAAAACUGUAAUACAAAAAUCAGUAUUCAAAUGCUUUAAUGAGAUUCCCCCACAGGCAGUGGAGAAAAUAUAUGGGCCAAUAUCUGUGGCUCUGUCAUUAAUUGCACUCACAACAUGGCAUAAAACUCGGUGAAGUAUAGUGGUAUUGGAAAUAUCUUUUAUAUGGAGAAUAAUAACUAGGCCAGAUUUCUGAGUAGUUUCUUGUGUGUAGAGUCUUGAUGAAAUAGGAAAGCAGGUCAAAAAUCCUCAAAACCUUCACCAAGAUGAUUAUCACAGCCACAGCACUGUGUUAAGAGCAGUGCUAUAAUCUGUGAUCGCUCUUUUUUUUUUCCUCAAAAGCACUUUUCCAUUUUGACCUACUACCAAUAAUCUAUCCUCAUAACAUAGCUAGUGCACGUCUUCACAGCCACCAUUAAUAUUCUCCUGUUAGUUUGUGGGUGAAGACAAAACAGUAGGAGACUCAUUAAAGUGCUGGGAGCAGGGUAGUGUCAACACGCUUCCACUUUAGACUCCGCUGCAAUUUAAAACGUGGCAGAACGAUCCAGGGCCCAAGGGCAAAGCCGAUGAGGAAGGCAGGCACAAACUCAUUUAAGAGUGUUAUCUCAGCCACGCUGAGAGCUUAAUGCACAGCAGUACACGCUCAUACACACCUCGUGCCCCACACAGCUGCUGAUAAUGCUCUUAUCGAUCACUGGUUUAUAGUUUACAAGGAACCUGAGCAUGAGAUUAAUCCAUUACCAAUUAAUCCUUAGACCUCUUCAGAGAUGAGUUGUUUUGGUUGGUGGACUUUUAUUAACGUAUAUAUUUAAACUAGGGAUGCAGCAAUAGCAGUUUAUUUUAUAACGUGUACAAGUUCAUGUUUUUUGAUACUCCUUGAUAAUGAACUGAGUGCUUUCACAAUCACAGGAGUAUUACACAAUCAGGGGAGCACCAAGAAACAUUUUAUUUUGCUCUGUGUUGAUUGCGGCCAUGUGCUGCUAGCAAUGAACACCUCGUGCUGAGUUUUAUGUUUGCGAUGUUCUGGUGUUUAAACAGUAUCUUUAAUAGCGAGCACGAGGACAGCGGACCUGAGCACACUGAGUAGCAUCAGUGAGCAUAGUCAUUAAAAAUAAGCGCCGUAAAAUGUAUCUUAAUAAGGAAAGGAAGCGCCUGGGGCGGCUCAGUGUUCACAGAAGUGAUGUGCACUCUGGCAGGUGCAACACUUUUCUGCACACUUGCUCACUGCUCCUCUGUCCAAUACCUUCAUGAGCACAGUUCACAGCACACUGUUCUCAUGUUUGAUGCUUGCUGAUACUGCACUGCAGGCUCACAUCUUCCGCCUUGUGCUCUCUAUUAAAGGUAUUUUUGUCGUCUGUUUAUUAGGGAUAUAACCUAUAUCACGUUUACAUCACGUAGUGUCACCUGGUACUGGAGCAUCAAUAUGAUGCAUCCUAUCCAAAAUCCGUUCCUGGCUUUUAAAUGUUCACGUCUAGUAAACAAAACAUCUAUGAGAAACUUUGAACACUGUUUCAGAACCGAAUGCACAAACAGACUAAACAAUAAUUAGCACUAGCAUGUCAGUGACCCUACAGGGCACUGAGGCUGGAGAAAAGAGCGUGUGGAAAUAGUGAUGUGUUGGUGCUAUUGCGUUCUGUCUGCACACACACUAGAUGAAAGCGGGCGGUGGGUGAGUACAGCCCUGGCAGUUGGUCAGUGGGUGUAUGUUGCACAUUUGCAAUGAUGUGACAAAAGCAAGACAAUAAAUGAGCCCCACUGCACUGAAUGCUGCUGCCACCACAGCCGUUUUUCAGGCUUCUUCAAAAACAUUUUGGACUUGCUUUGAACAAGAAUAGAGGAGGAAAAAACAAGCUAGAAAACACAGCUGUGCAUUUUAAAACAGAACCUGAGGAGAUGUUCCAGGCACAGAAUCAGAAUCAGAAUCACGUCUCAUUCAGACGCUGAAUGACUUGGAAAGACGAACACUGCAAACUGAUUAUAAUGACGGGAAAUAGAUGCUGCAACAUGCAUGAUGCAACUGACGACGUUCAGCUCCACUGAAACUCAGAGAUCUGUACCUGCCAAGGUAUUCCAAAAGGAAAGCCAGGCGCUGAGCGUCGGCUGGCAGCUGGUCAGAGCGUAUGAACAGCAUUCGAAUGGUUGUGAAGAACAGCACAUGGAAAAUGCAUGGUUCCACCAGAAGAAACAAGGAAUUGUGUGCAAGACAAGUGUGAGAGGAACGUGAUGGAGCUGUAAUGAGUCUGAUUUGGCAGGAAGACGACUAGAGAGGAGGCAAAAUGGUCAAGUUCAAUAACAAAACAGUGUAGAGAGACAGGAGAGAGAUUUUUUAAAAGAAGAGAGACAUCCUUAAGUCGAAGCAUGUGCCACUGCAAGAAUUUUCAGUUGAUAACAGAUUAGGGUCUGAUGUGUUAAAAGUGCCAAAAGAAAUCAUUGCUGCAGUCUUGAGGAGCUUUGCUAAACUGGUGAGAUAAGAGGAUGAUAUUCAACUCAUGAACAGGCAAUCAGUUUCCAUCGUCUAAACAAGCACAUACACAUACACACACAAAUACAAGUUAAGAGCCAUCUAUGACGUGUUUAUCCUGAGAGAAGCACUGUGGAUUAACCUUCAUAAAUACCCAAACUACCUUUGUCAGUCUGUGCUACUGAUAACUUUUAAUGAAUUUUUCUAAAUAUCUUCACAGCCUGCUGCGUACCAUUUGAAGGGACACUGUUUAUAUAAAUAAAAAAAUUGUUUGCUGUUUGUAGGAGAUAAAGUCUGUCUUACUAUUGGAAGGCAAAAUGUAAGCACAGCAUUGCAUGUGUGCUUAUUGGAGAAUCUUAAAAUUCUGUUCAGCACCUGAAGAUUUGGCAGACUGAAUCUUUAUGAUACAGCAUUGUGAUAUUAAUAUUAAUAAACCACGGAGACUGUGAUGAGGAAAAUUUAUGAGACCAUGAAUAAUCCCUGCACUUAUCUUUAACUAGGGAUGUGCAUGUGGGAUUUAAAAAAAGUCACAAUCUCUAGUCGAGAGCAGUUAUAAAAAGUGGAAAGUGAUGUAGCUGAAGUUGAGGGACUGUCAGAGCCAGAACACAUACAGUAGCAUUACGUUACACUCCUAUUUCUAACAAUAUCCAAACAAAACUAGUUACUGAUUUUACUCACGAUCACCACCCAACCAUCAUCACAUUUUAACUUCUGGAUUUAGCGUGUUCUCCCUGUGUUCAUGAGGGUUUCCUUGUGGUUCUUGUUUCCUCGCACUUCCUAAAGCCAUGGCAGUAGCUGGAUUGGCUAAGAUAACUUGCUCUUAGGUGUGAAUGUGUGUGUGUCUGUGUGUCUGUGUGCAUGUGUGUGAUGCCCAUGGUGCACGGGCAUGCAAUCCAGGGUGAACACCUCUUACACACUGUUCCUGGGAUAGGCUCUGGAUCCACCAUAACACUGACCAGAAUAAAGCUAUUAGUGAAAGUGAUUGAGUGACAAAGAUAUAAAAGUCAUAAUCCGAUAAUACUAUGCAAAACAUUUAUUGUAUUAUGCAUACCAAAAAAAAAAAAAAAAAAACAA